UCUUAUUCUCACCAAAAAAAAAAAAAAGAGAAUAAACUCUUAUUAUUAUUCUUCUUCUUCUUUCUCAGUCAAUAAACACACUGUUUCAGCUCUGCUCUAUCUUCAAACCUUUUCUUCUUUCGUCAAUGGCUGUGACUGCUUGAAUUUUCUGAUUCAGAGGUUCUUCUGGCAACCCGUAGCUUUGGCAUCACCGAUUUCCAAUCAUUUAAAAUCAUUCUGUUUCUCUCUACCGAAAACCCUAGAAACUCCAAGAACUAAGAUUCAUUUCAAAAUGGCGAAUUCAGCUGGACCCGUUUCUGCUAGAGGACUCAUCACUCAUGUAAUCUUUGAUAUGGAUGGUCUUUUACUCGACACAGAGAAGUUCUAUACUGAAGUCCAAGAAAUUAUACUGGCUAGAUUUAAUAAGACUUUUGAUUGGUCUUUGAAGGCCAAAAUGAUGGGAAAGAAAUCAACCGAAUCGGCUAAGAUCUUUGUUGAAGAGACGGGAAUUAGCGAUUCUCUUACACCCGAAGAUUUUCUUAUAGAAAGAGAGUCGAUGUUGCAGAAAAUGUUCCCAACAAGCGAGCUCAUGCCAGGGGCCAGCCGCUUGAUCAGACAUCUUCAUGCAAAAGGAAUACCGAUUUGUGUGGCUACAGGUUCACACAAGCGGCAUUUUGCACUGAAAACACAACAACAUGGUGAACUUUUCUCGUUGAUGCAUCAUGUUGUUCUUGGUGAUGAUCCAGAAGUCAAAAAAGGCAAACCGUCACCAGAUGUAUUUCUUGCUGCAGCUAAUAGAUUCGAGGGAGGCCCAAUAAAUCCAGAUAAGAUUAUCGUGUUUGAAGAUGCUCCAGCGGGAGUUCAAGGAGCAAAGAAUGCUGGGAUGUUCGCGGUCAUGGUUCCUGAUGCAAGGCUUGAUAGCUCACUCUAUGGACCUGCAGAUCAAAUUCUAAACUCAUUGCUGGAUUUCAAUCCAAGUGAGUGGGGUUUACCACCAUUUGAAGAUGAGGCAAGCUGAACUUUUUUUCAUAUCCAUUUGAAUUAAAAUAAUAAUGAAGCUGUCUUGGCUUGAAAGAAACUGGUUUCAAACCAGACAGAUACUCUUAAUUCUUAUAUUAAUUAACCAUUUAAACAAUAGUGGUAUUUGAUUAAGGUUUCCACCAUUUGUGCUGUGAAUCAUGAUCUGAAUAGUGUAAGUUUUCAUUAGAGACAAUUGAUUAUGGGAUCAGAAACAUGAGAGUUAGAGACCCUUUUUAGCUCU